UGUCCCCCGCGUGGCAGCGCUUGUUUACAGCCAGGGGUAGGCCGCAGCCCCGGGCUGUAGUUCCCGCUCCGCCCUUUCCUCCUCGCUCCUCCUUCCUGGGGGAGGACUGGCAUGGGGACCAGAUAGAGCACAGCCGGCCAUGUACUCUCCGCAGCGCCGGGACUUUAUGUCCGUCACCCUCAUCCAGCCGGAGGUGCCCGGGGGAGGAUACAACAACAGCAAGAACUGGAGGAGGAGGUCCUGCUGGAGGAAAUGGAAACAGCUUUCCAGGCUGCAGCGCAGUGUCAUCCUCUUCCUGUGUGCCCUGCUGGCGGUUUGUGGCGUCGUCUCUUUCUCUAACCUGGGAGAGCACUGGAGAAGUUUUACCAGCCAGUUGGAUGGGACUUAUGAAGGCCAAGAUCUACCCGGAUUUCAUAAUGUACCGCCUGCAGGAUUACUGGCACCCAAAGAAGCUGAGGAACCAGAUCUCAAGCUACCAAAGCCCCCUCUGCAGAAAAAUAAGAGACCAAACAAGCGCGGACCACCAAUUUUACGUCCACCUCCUACAAAGAGCCAAACACUGGAAGAUAAUGAGCAGAGGCCGGCAGAGGUUGAAAACAAUGAACCUGUCAUCAGCUGGAGGGGAGCCGUGAUUGAACCAGUCCAGACCACGGGACCGACUCCAAACAAAGCUCCGGAAGCCACUAAACCUCCUGCUCAAGACGUAGUAGAUCAGAAGGAACCAGGUCGAAGGAAAGAAAAUUGCACCAGUUGCACAGCUCCCGAUGUACACAGGACAAUGUCUUUUGGCAAACUGACUUCCAAAGUUCCCAUCAGUGAGCGCCAGGAGGCAGUGAUCGAAGCAUUCCAACAUGCCUGGAAGGGUUACAAGGAGUUUGCGUGGGGUCAUGACGAGCUGAAGCCGAUCUCCAAGGCGUACAGUGAAUGGUUUGGACUUGGGCUCACUCUCAUAGACGCUCUUGACACCAUGUGGAUAUUGGGCCUAAAAGAAGAGUUUCAGGAAGCCCGAGCGUGGGUGGCCACCGAGCUGACGUUUGAUAAGAAUGUUGAUGUCAAUCUGUUCGAGAGUACGAUUCGGAUUUUGGGAGGACUGCUGAGCACUUAUCACUUGACCCAAGACCCUCUUUUCCUGGAUAAAGCGAAAGACAUUGGCACACGCCUUCUGCCAGCUUUCAACACCCCAUCCAAGGUGCCUUACUCUGAUGUGAACAUUGGGAAAGGAACCGCCCAUCCACCACGUUGGACCUCGGACAGCACAGUGGCUGAAGUCACCAGUGUCCAGCUGGAGUUUCGGGAGUUGUCCCGACUGACAGGAGAUGAAACAUUUAAGAAAGUGGUGGACCAUGUCACCCAGCAUGUUCAUACUCUCUCUGGAAAACGGGAAGGCCUGGUACCCAUGUUUAUUAACACAAACAGUGGGCAGUUCAGCCACCUUGGAGUCUUCACUUUGGGAGCCCGAGCUGACAGCUAUUAUGAGUACUUAUUGAAGCAGUGGCUCCAGAGUGGGAAGAAGGAGACAACGUUCUUGGAGGACUAUAUGCAGGCCAUUGAGGGGGUUAAGAAGAAUUUGCUCCGGAAGUCGCAGCCCAGUGGAUUGACUUUUGUGGGUGAACUGUCUCAUGGCCACUUCAGCCCAAAAAUGGAUCAUCUGGUGUGUUUCCUUCCUGGUACUUUGGCAUUAGGUGCCCACAACGGCAUCACUAGUGAUCACAUGGAAACCGCUGUGGCCUUAAUGGAGACCUGCUACCAGAUGUACAAACAAAUGGAUACAGGCCUAAGCCCAGAGAUCUCUCACUUCUUUCUGCAUGGGUCAACAGGGGGAAAAGACAUUGAUGUCAAGACGGCAGACCGGCACAACCUGCUAAGACCAGAAACGGUGGAAAGUCUCUUCUAUCUCUAUCGGUUUACUGGUGACACCAAAUACCAGGACUGGGGCUGGGAAAUUCUCCAGAACUUCAACAAGUUCACACGGGUUCCAUCUGGUGGCUACACCUCCAUCAACAAUGUGCAAAAUCCCAUCAACCCUGAGCCCCGGGACAAGAUGGAGAGUUUUUUCCUUGGGGAGACCCUCAAGUAUUUGUUCCUUCUUUUCUCCGACGAUGUGGAUCUCUUGAACUUGGACAAGUUUGUCUUCAAUACAGAAGCUCAUCCCCUUCCAAUCUGGACUUCCUAGCACAAGAUCCGUGUUUAGGUCUCUGACUGAGCAAGUGCUCUCCCUGGUGGUCCAAGUGAGAUGUUUUCAUCCGCUAAAGCUGCUGUAGAUAAAAGGCCGUUUGUCUUGAAGCUGUGCAAUGAGCCGAUAAUUGUAUCUGGAAUAUGAAUAGGUGUAGUCGACAAGAGGCAGAUUUUUCCAGUCUGUCUCAUCCAGCACUUUGGUUCUUGACAGUUCUAAUGAAUCUUCCAGUGUCUGGAUUCAUGAAGCGACCAUUGGGGAGGGCUCUGUGAAAGUCGUAUAAGUUUACUUUUUUAAUGUGAUUGAUAUCUCAGGAAGGGGAAGCACAUGUCUCCAAUUAUCACCAUGAACCAAUUAGAAGAAAAUGACCUGCUACCCCAAACUGGACAUAUAUGGUCCCACAAGCCGUCCCUUUGUUUUUAUAUGGGAACACUGUGAGCAAACCCUUACAAAGCUGUCAAUAUAUCUUGCUUGCUUAAAGGGUUAGCCUGCUUCUAACUGAUGUUUAAGUUGUAGUUGGAGGUUGCUUGGAUGACCCGUCCUCGGAAUUUUUAGAUUUUAAGUUGUAAGAUGUUGCCACCUUUUCUCGCUGUACCAUUGAGUCUUACUCCAGGAGGUAGAAGACGACGACUCCUCUGAAAUGGCUGUGGCCUCAGGGAAAGCUGGCAACUCUGAAGUAUGAUCUCCCUGUUGGAAUCGCUGAGACACAAAGUUCUGGAUGGUGAUUGAACCCAUUGGCACCCUCCAAAGCUGGGAACAUCAGGUUUCGAUGGAUCGAGCCAUUAAAUUGUAACAAGCAAUUUUACUUUUUUGCUCUCACUUUUUCCCUGUGUGCUUCACAGAAAGCUCCAGCUCAUCUAUUGACCACUGACAAGGCGGUGCUUUUUAUUUUACUUUUUAAUUAAUGGUUGUUUAAUGUGAUUUCCAGACAUUCAUGGGAUGCUGCUGCCCAGUCAUUAUUAUUUUUUUAUUUUUUAAUCACAUUUUGUUUGGUGCAGAUUAAAUCCGAUUUCCAUGUUUCCUGUUACUUUAAAUAGUUUGUUUGGGCCAAGCCGGUCCAAACAAACCAAGUGCUGCGCUGACAUUUUCCAUAUGUCUAAUAGUAAAAAGCUCCAUUCAAACAGUGCUCUGCCUUGUCAAGCAGCAACAGUGACCUAAUUUAAAACCUUUUACUAACGUGUUGCUAAUAAAAGGUAUUCAGGCUCUGCCAGAUCUCCUCUCACACGGUACCAGUACCACUAUGCGUAGUAAUUCAGACCAAACCAUUUGUGAUAAUGUGAUGCCAAUCUUGGCUGCCAUAUUGAGUGAUGGCAUGCCCUAAUAACUUGUUUCUUGGGAGGAAACCGUUCAGGGAACUGGUAAAGAUUGCAAUUGUUUUAUGUUAUGUAUUACAGAAAGCUGAUAAAAUAUAAUAUAUAUAUACAAUUUUAUUAUAUAUUUUUAAGUUUUAUUUGCAGUUGGAGGAGGGUUGUAUAUUUUGGUGUGUUAAAUGUAUAUAUGUGUGUGUAAAUAUUUUGGGUAUUGCCCAUGUUCUUGGGCCAGUAAUGGGAAGCCUUUGUGGUACUUGGGACACUUUUUUUAUGUACUCUUGUUGAGUAUACUUAAGAAAAAAAAAAAUACUUUCCACUCCAGGUCAAAUAUAUACAUUUCAGGGAUUUUCAUAAAUGUCAUUACAGAUUUUUGCCUGCUUCUGUUGUGUAGAUUCGGAGAUAGGCCAUG